GAGGGGUUGGCCCGCUAACUGGAGGAGCACAAAGCGGCCGAAGUUGUGUGGUUCUACAAGCAACUUCUUAGUUAUUGAACGGUCGGGUUCGUAUUAACAGCCGUGUGUGUGAAGUGGACCUUAUUAAAUUGGAACAAGAUCGAAUUGUGUAACUGUUAUCACUUUGUGCCAGUCUGUCUCCGGUUAGGAUGAAGAGAUCUCGGAUCUUGCUUACGCUUGUGAUCACCUUGACUGUGCAAAUUGUGACAGUCCGUGGAAUUCCGCUAGGGAAGAAUAUUUUUGCCGCAUCGAAAGCCGUUGGCAGUUCGGAGUUUCAUGACGAUGCCGCCGACAAAAAGCUUCAGAAAGUAUCCUGGGUUGGAAAUGAUCCAGUUCCUGGCCUGCAAAAAUACGACAACCCACCAAAUCAGGACAACGCCCGUAAGGAGGUGGACAAUUUCCCAUCCAAUAUCUACAGCAAAUACGAUAAUGUUCAGAAAAAGGUUAAGGACUGGUUCGAUGCGGAACCAAUUCUGGACAACAUUCACGAAUCGGAGAAGUACGGCAAUCACGGAGAUCACUUUUACUUCAUCACCAAACCGUUGGUGCAGUUGACUGAAAAAGUGUCCAAAAUAGCCAGUAUGGUUCUCGCGGCUCCACGUGAUAUUUUCCGGAAAGCAAACAAAAGCGUUUCGGAGAAGCUGAAUAACAUCACCGGAAAUUUUAUCGGAUUGAAAAAAUAACCCAAACGAUUCUUCUCACUAGUAGUAGGUUUAGGAUAUGCCGACUGAACGAUUAUUGUAAUUUGUUUGUUGAGAAAGUAAGGUGUCUUGGUAAUACGAAUCAGGCAAAUGGCAGAGAUUAAAUUGGGUCAUGCCGUCGAAGUUAACAAACAUAUUUGCAUGUCACAAAAUAAUAUGCAAAAAAAGAAAAUAUUUCAGAUUCGUUUUUAAAUUUUAUUUUCGAAAUAGAUUAGCUUUAUUUUUAAGUUAAACAUUCAGCUGUUCAAAAUAGUUAAGGUAAACAUGUAAUAAUGCACAUAGAUUAAUUAAUAAAAUUAA